AAAGGAACGGGUCGGAGCAAAACUGUCAACAGCAGUGUGCAGCAGUGCCAGCAUUUGCAUCGCUGAUCCAGACGUCAGACUAUAGUUUCCACGUAGCAAUCGUGUAGACUUUCUCGAACGCGUAUUUUUUUCCUUAAUUAUCGACGUCCCAGUGACACAUAAAAAUGGUCCUCAGCGCACCGAAAGUGAAGUUUUACAACGGCAACGAAGUGCCGAUCUUGGGUCUGGGCACAUGGAAGUCUACACCAGGAGAAGUUACACAAGCUGUAAAAGAUGCCAUUGAUAUCGGCUACAGACAUAUCGACUGCGCUAAAGCUUAUGGCAACGAGAAGGAAGUUGGUGCCGCUAUCCAGGCGAAAAUAGCGGAGGGUGUCGUGAAGAGAGAAAAUCUGUUUAUUACAAGCAAGCUAUGGAAUUCCUUUCAUAGCCGUAAUCUGGUUGAACCAUCCAUCAAAGAAACGCUAGCCGAUCUCGGUCUCGAUUACGUAGAUCUCUAUUUAAUUCACUGGCCAUUCGGAAUCAAAGAGGGCGGAGAACUUUUCCCUAGAAAUCCUGACGGUUCCAAAGCAUUGAGCAACAUAGAUUACCUCGAUACUUGGAAGGGUAUGGAAGGUGUGCUGUCCAAAGGUCUUGCGAAAAACAUCGGU